UUGUCAACAGUCACACAUAUUCCCAUCCUUUUUUGACACUUUCACAUCUCUUCGCCAUAAGCAAACAUUUUAGUAUUACCAAAUCCCUAAAAUUAAUUUAUGAAAAUACACCCUUUCCCAUUUUCUCUCUCCACCCUACCUUCUCCCUGAAUACCUCUCUUUCUCUCUCUAAAGCUCACCAAAAAAAUUCCCCUUUCGCCUCAAAUUUCCCGGUAAUUUGAAUUGUAGGAUGGUUUCUCAAGAAAACUCUAAUUGGGUGAUUGAUUUUAAUUCAUAUGUUGAUGAACUUCAAAUCCCUACUACUGAUUGCAAUUUCUCUUCCCCCAAUUUUGCCUUCAAUAAUUGUCAUUUGCAACCGCCUUUGAACCUUCCAUUCAAUGUCAGUGCGGAAGUUGAGGGAAAUUAUGGCGAUUCAGAGGGUCCUAAAAAUAACUCCAAAAAGAGGGGAAGAUCCGACUCAUGUGGUCCAUCUAGCUCGAAAGCUUGCCGGGAAAAGGCACGUAGGGAUCGCCUUAAUGACAAGUUUGUGGAAUUAGGCUCGAUAUUGGAACCUGGUAGACCUCCUAAGACCGACAAGGCUGCCAUUUUGGUUGAUGCUGUACGAAUGGUGACUCAACUAAGGAGUGAAGCCCAAAAGUUGAAGGACUCUAAUUCGAGUUUACAGGAGAAGAUCAAGGAAUUGAAGACUGAAAAGAACGAGCUGCGGGAUGAGAAGCAGCGGCUAAAGGCGGAAAAGGAAAAACUCGAGCAGCAGCUGAAGACUGUGAAUACUCAACCAGGAUUCAUCCCAGCCCCAACUGCAAUCCCAGCUGCUUUCGCCCCACCAACACAAGGACCGGGAGGCAAGCUGGUUCCGUUUAUGGGAUACCCGGGAGUUGCUAUGUGGCAAUUCAUGGCUCCAGCCUCAGUCGAUACGUCACAGGAUCAUGUGCUCCGCCCACCGGUCGCUUAAUUGGAUAUGUCAUUAGUCCUUUCUUCGAGAUUACGAUCACACCUCAUGAUUUUCCCCUUUUUUCGGUUUCAGUCAAUUGUCCAUUUGCCAUGACUGUUCUUGUGCUGAAGUCUACUAACAAACUACAUAUGAUUGGAUUUCGAAUGUGUAUGUUAACAGUGGAACUUCAAUGAAAAUGCCGCUUCCGGUUGUUCAAAAAAAAGGUAACUGUAAAAAUCUGAAUUAGUUGAUUUCUUUCCUGUUUAGCCAUCCUGUAUAUCGGUUCUUCUGGCUCAUGAUUGACAACUAGUCUUAAGUAUUACGUAGACCUCAUUUUUUUGACUGUAAGCGAUCAUAUGAACUUUUAAGGUCGCUGGAAAAACAAGAAAACGCAAUGUCGUGUUGACAUGAUUUCAUCGAAAUUCCAAUUUUGUUUUAAUGUCUUGUUCAUUUGCUUA